AUGCUGGAGCAGCAGCAGCAGCAGCAGCAGCAGCAGCAGCAGCAGGAACAGCAGCAGCAGCUAAGAGGAAAGCAAAACACUGACAUGCAUCCUUCAUCGCAGCAGCACCAUAAACAGCAGCAGCAGCAGCAGCAGCAAAGUAAAGGCCAACAGCAGCAACAGCAGCAGCAGCAGCAGCAGCAGAAAGGUGCGAAACAGCACCAGCAGCAAACCCAACAGCACCAAGAUGAGCAGCAGCAGCAGAAGCAGCAGCAACAGGAGAAAAACAUCAGCAGCAGCAGCAGCAGCAGCAGCAUCAUCAUCAGCAGCCGCAGAAGCAAAGCGGGCAUCCCCACCAUCACCAACAGCAGCAGCACCAACAGCGCCAGCAACACCAGCAACACCAACACCAGCAGCAGCAGCAGCAGCAGCAGCAGCAGCAGCAGCAGCAGGAACAAACCCUGUGUUACACUUCUGAAUCUUUCAUGCCCCGCUGUAUCCCAAACCUGA